GCAACAGCUGGCGAGUAAUCGAUACCAUCUGCCACGCUAUCAAAAUCGCCGUAUUACCUAAACAUGUCCAAGGUUUUGCCCAAAAUUCGUUCCUCCUCCAGCCUCAUCCUGCUGGCCAAGGACCAAGCAGCGAAAGCCAAAUCAUUUGACUACAAUGCCCUGCUCCUUACGCGAACGCAAAAGUCCAGUUUUAUGCCGGAGUCCUCGGUGUUUCCGGGCGGAGUUUGCGAUACUACGGACAGUUCACCCGCCUGGUUGGAACUUUUCCGGCGAAACGAAAUCAGUGCCGCCAAGCUGCAAGGUAUCAACAACGUGAAGGGACCACGUCCAGAGAUUUUCCAAGCCAAAGAAGAUAAGAAAACGAUAGAUCCGUCCUUAGCCCUCCGUUUAACUGCCUUACGAGAGACCUUUGAGGAACUAGGCAUCCUGCUGUGUAGGGACAGCAGGUCUUUGACCUCCACCAGCGGCUAUGGAAAGUUCUACGAUCAGUUCGAUCGUGUCCACUGGCAGCACAUCGUCCACAACGAUGCCAGCCAGUUCUUGGAGCUCUGUAAGCAGCUGGACGUGCUCCCGGACGUUUGGUCACUUCGCGAGUGGUCUGUCUGGCGCACGCCAUCAACUUUCAAGAAGCGCUUCGAGACAGCCUUCUUUGUGACGGCCAUGGAACAGGAGCCCAGCGCUCACAUUGAACCCAACGAGGUCAAGGAUUGUGCGUGGCGUUCACCAUUGGAGUACCUUCGAGCGUGCCUGAGAAAGGAACUUUGGUUGCCGCCUCCACAAUUCUACGAGCUAUCUCGCUGCCUCAACUUCUCCUCUCUGGAGAGCCUGCGUCAAUUCGCAGCUGAGCGUGAGCUGAAAGGCAUUGGGCUGAUCCAUCCCGUGAUAUACAAGUGCAAAAAUGGAACUGUACACCUCUUGCCAGGCGACGGUGCGUAUCCCGCCGAUCCAGACGCUAGUAGCGACAUAAUCCAGGCUGGCGUGUCAGUCGAGGAGUUUCGAGCGCAGGCCCAUGGCAAACUACACCGGUCAGAGCACUGGAACCAGCAUCAGUCUCAGCUUCUAAUUAACUUUGACCGGGAUGAUGGACAAGUGCAUCCCCUGGACCCCACCAAGCUAUAAAGGAGAAAAGCGAUUCCUUUCAAAAUUGUGCAUUUAUCUAGUUUUAAUGUUUGGUCUGACCAAGAACUUUGAAAAGCUGUAAGUGAAA